AUGGGGUCGUUUAGGAUCUGGUUAUCACUCAUAGGGACAUUGGUCCUUUAUACAUCGAUCGUUUUGGCUGAAACCAAAGACGAAGAAGGGGAAAGAAGCACCCUAGAAUGCAUCUUCGAGGAUAACGUUGGCAAUUGUCUUAAGAAAAGGCUCGCAAGGGACAUUGACAGGAUCGAGCUUGAAGUUUCUGGGAAAAAAAGUGAACCACCAAUGAGCGAGGUCAUCGAACAGACCGGAAAUUUCAUCGCUGAACUCGUAAGCGACGUACAAGAGGAACUUCAAGAGGAUGACGAGGAAGUUGCCGAACGUGAUGCCAACGUAGACGGUCAAGCGCGUAGAAAAAAAUAUGGAAAAAAGAAGAAGAAGCAUCUGCAGAAACUAAUGGCUUUAGCGAUGAUGUUCAAGGCCAAGGUCGCUCUUCUCCUUCAAUUGAUUUCAACGCAUUUGCAAGCAAAGGUCUUCUUUAUUGCGAUUAUAAGUUUGCUUAUAAACGCAACCAAAUUCUGGAUUGAUCUUAAGAAAAAUCAACCAUCUAAAGUGAUUUAUUACGAGCACGCUCAACACCAACAUCAUUAUGAUCACGAGGAUGAUCAUCAUGGUAGUUAUUGGGGAAGAUCAUCUAACGACUCACCUCAGGAUAUCGUCUAUAAUUCUUACGUUCCUCAGCAGUGA